AUGGAAAUUAAAGUGAUGUAUUUUUUGCAGCAAAGACCAGAAGAGAAUAAUUCAUUUAAUAAAAAAAAGAAAACAAAAUUUCAUGAUAUUAUUCAGAUUUUUGAAAUCCCAAAUAUCAAGGAUAGUCAGACUGGAGCGUCUUCAUCAAUAAAGCAAUUAGAAAAUAUUGCCUUAGGAGUUAUAAAAGCGUAAGGUUUAUGCAGAAGUCAAAUUGAUGGAAGAAAAAUUCAUAGUAAUAAUUAUUAUAUUAAAAGAUAUGACCUUGAUGGAAUUUGUACUGAUUUACGAACUGGAGAAGCAUCAGAAUGAGAUAUGCUGUGUCUAAUUAAUUUUUUUACACAAAAAAUAAUAAAAUAUUGCAAUAAAAACCAAGCUGUUUUAUAUCAAAAUGGUAUAUGCACCCCCAAGCAAUUCAGAAAUCACAUUCUCGAAGAGGUAUUUUAAAGAAGAAAAAUGUGACAAUAGAAAUGAAUGGAGAUUUUGAUUAUAGGAGCAGGGAUGGAUUUCAAACAGCAGUAAGCAGGUCAAAAAGUUCUUCCCAAAUGAAAUUAAUUCCUAUUGAAAAUAUAUGGCCAAGACGGCAGAGUAAUGUGUAUUUUCACAAAGGAAAUGUCAGACAAAGUACAGAAAAUUUAAAAAGAGCAAACACAAGUUCUAGUAGGCAGAAAUCGCACUUUUCAAGCACUGCGCUUAUUACACUUUCACCAUUAUUUAAAUAG